AGAAAAGAACAAUAGGAAGUGUAGAAGUCGCGCUAACCCUGCGAUUGCAAGGAGAAUUCCAUCUAACUCUACAGAGUACAAAUUACAGUCUACAUUCGUAUUCAUCCAUUCCACUUUCUUUUUCCAUCGAAUCACUUCAAUUUCGAAUUGAAUUCAUCAAUUCAACUUAAUUUUGGAGGAAAAGAAUUGCAGGAUAUUUUUCAACGAUUCCAAAAUAUUUAAGACCUACCGCAAUCCUCCUCUAUUUGGGCUUGGGACCUAUACUGAAUGCCACAAAGUGACACUUGCAGGCGGAGUUGCUUAUACAGUGUACAUUGUACACACACUGAUUAGAUCAUCCUCGAACAGACAACUUUUUGUUUGUGAAUAAGGUGGCUGAAGAGUAGCUGUGAAUUGGGCUACAUUGGUGACGAAGGAACUCCUUGAUUAUGCAAUGGAGGUUCAUAAUAAUGAUGAUAUGGACUCUCUGUUUGAGGGAAUGGUUCUAUUUACUCCGCAAGUAGUAGCUAAUCAUGAUGCUGAUUCUCAUUCACUUGUGUCUCCUUCUAUGCAAUCUGUUACCACGACAUCUUUAUCAUCAGCACCUUCACCGUCAUCUCAACCACUAGAUGAGAAUCUGUUCUCGGAUCUCACUGUUAUCACUCCGUCCCAUGUUGAAGCAAUUGAGACUGAAACAUGGAUGCCAUCAAAUAGUCCUUCAAUUAUGACAACGAGCAUAAUAAAGUCUAAGACGCCAGCAGCUCCAGCUGCUACUGUGUUACGGCAAUCUUCUAGAAAGAAGAAAAGAGCUGGUCUAAGAAUCGGAUAUGGGAGGGAUUCACAACUUGUUGAUGAUCCCGAGCCUUCUCAAAAUCCUUCAGAAUCAUCAUCUGGCACGGAUUUUUCCACACCCAAUACUUAUACCACCUCAACUACCAAUGUUGAAAGAGACAAAAAGCUAGAACCCUUUCCUGUCUCUUCCAAUCCUAGCGAAAACAAACAGGUUGAUUCUGGUCCAACCCAACAAGAUAGUGAAGAUAUUCAUGUGGGCUCAAGAGAUAUAAUGGAAUCACAUUCUAAUCAAGUUAAUACAGAUGGACCCUUCAAUUUGACUGUAGAAGAAAAGGUUGCUUGUGCAACUCUGGAAGCUGAUAAACUGCCUACAUUCAAGAGGCAAGAAGAGAAAGAGCAAGAGACAAAUUGUAAUUCUGUGGAGGGGAAAUAUAAGCAGGUCAAGGCUCGCGUAUCUGAAAAGCUGUGGCAAGCCCGGGAACAGGCUUUAUCUAUAUCCAUGGCAAGGACGAAUUCCAAAAGGAGGAGAAGAAAAGCCGCACAGAAUGUUGAACUAGCAAUUGUAAGGUUCAGGGACAUUGAAAAAAAGCUUGAAGAAGCAUGUGAGGCUGAAGAUUUUGAAAUGGCUGAACACCUCAGUGAGAGCCUCGCAGCUGCUGAGAGGGAAAAAGAAUACAUUCAAAGUGCACUCAAAGAUGCCGAGGCUGAGUGUGAUGCUAUUGAUUUAAAGAUGGAAGAAGCUCUGGAGCGUCAGAUUGCUGCUGAGGAAGAAUGUGUCUCUUUGCUACAACACUUUUCUGUGGACACUGUAAGCAAUGCAGACUUGGUUUUGGAAAAUGUUGAAGUCAAUUCUUCAAAGGAAAUGGAUGAAUGGUUUUUGUCUGUCGAAGCUGUGGAGACAAAGAAGUUGGAAUUAGAAAUUGAAUCACAGUUGGUAAAUGAAGUUCGUGCAGUACUAAAUGAUUCCAUUGAGCAUUUAGUUGAGAAUGACGUCAAAGAAAAAGAAGUCCUUUGUGAGAGAAGAAAUUUGUUGACUCAGGAGUUGGAGGAACUUCUACGUUUGGUACAGGAAAAAGAGGCAGAGAUAGCUAUAAAUGAUUCCAAAAUUGAAGCAGCUGACGAAAGGAUUGCUGAAGUGGCCGCAGGUUUCGGGGAUGUCCAAACAGGAAUUGAUUCCAAGUUUGAGAAUUUGCAGAUUGCUCUCACACAAAUGGAAUUAGAAUGUCAAGCUUUAUCCAAAAGGAAAGAAGAAAUUGAUUACCUUGUUUCUCAGGGAAAGAACCGGGGAACAGAACUUAGGAAGCUCGCAAUGGAUUGUGACAAUGAGGCCAACAUCUACCAAGAAAAUCUUAGACUCAGGAAAGCUUUAGUAAUUUCAGUUCUAAAAGUUAGAGAAGAGAAACUAAGGCUUGCCAAAACAGAGGAGAAUAUUGUGGCAGAUACUCAAAUGCUGAAGCAGGAGAUAUCUGUUGCAAGGGUUGAUCUACAGGAAUUAUCCUCCAAAAAGUCAAGCAUCCAGCAAGAGGGUGCUUCAAUGAAACAAAGAUUGUUUUUUAUAGACAAAAGAGUGCCAGAGCUUGAAGCAGAGAAGAAAGUUGCCGCAUCUGCCAGAAACUUUAAAGAAGCAGCACGUAUAGCCUCUGAAGCCAAGUCUUUGAUGGCUGAGAAGGAAACUCUGCAGAGUAAGAGUGAAGAAUCUUCAUCUGCGUUGCUAAAAAUUGAGGAGGGGAUUGAUGAAACUACCAGGAAAUUGCACGAGUUUGAAGAACUUGUUUCUUCAAAGGAAAAAGAGGCAGCGGUGGCCAGAUUUCAGAGGCUAGGCCUUAUAUCUGCUACUGUUUCAUGUGAAAGAUUAGCUGCUUUAGAGCUGGGUGAUAUUGAAGAAGCUAAUAUACUUCUUGCAGAAGCUGAAGCUGCAGAUUCUGAAGCUAAAAAACUUCAGUCGUUGUAUAAUAUUAGUGCCACUGAAUUUAGAAGUGUCUGUGAGCGGUUUAUUCCCAUGGAGCUUGUGUCUAGUCUUGAUGGAAAGCAGUUGGAAGAAUUAGCUGCAGGAGGUUUGGUAUGAGAUGGGUACUCUUUGUGAAAACAAAAGGAGACGGUGGUGAAUGAGUGAUAAAAAUCUACUUCACUGGAAUCCUGUGACUGUAUGAAUACUGUAAAAUAUAUUAUUGUGUUGGUGCGAUGGAAAAGAUCACUGAUGGUCAACCUCUCGACAUGGAAGAACUGGUGAGUGGUCAUGGCAGGAUGUGGGAUGAUCUUGUUGGUAGAACCAUGAUUGUUGAAGUUGCAAAGCAGAAGAGCUGCAUCUUUUGCUCAUAUGCAUCUGAUGGGGAAGAAUAACUCUAGCCUCAGACGCGAUGAGAUGUUGGAUGAUGUUAGAAGCAUGCAUUAUGAUCAUUGAAGCACUGAACUGUUCACUUUUUUUGGUGGUAUACUACCAGCUACACCUGUUACUCGUAUCCCAGAGGUUGAGGUUUAAACCAGGUUGGUUUGUUGUGUUGCCUGUUGAAUUUUGUUCUUGUAUAAAUUCAAUUUUUUGUUCUCUCCGUUGUUGGGGUAAUUUUAUAUUCCUAUAGGCUACACCUUACUUUUGGAAAUAAUUGUUACAUCAUCCAUACGGUGUUCAAUAUGAUUGUCUGCCAAUAAAGCUUACCAUAGUCCAUAGCGUGGAUAAUAUUUUGUCAUU